AUGUUCAAACCACCUAAAUUCUCCAUUGCGGAGUCAGACUCCGCAGCGACAGACUAUGUCCUUUUUAAGGCGCGACUACUGGAAGCGACGCCGUGCGGUCAACGCUUUCUCGCUUCCAAUUCCACCGCCUCCGGACCCGCUACAUUUGGCACAUACCCCUGGCAGGCGUACCUCAGGAACACCACCAAUACGUACGCGGGCAGCGGCGUCCUGAUAGACUCCUUUCACGUGCUCACCGCCGCCCACAAAGUCUACAGGAAUGUGCCUGCUCCUUCAGCUGUAACAGUUUUAAUGGGAGUAUGGAACCCUGCCAAUCUUGUCAACAUCCAGAGCAGUACGGUGGCCAGAAUAGAAGUACACGAGUCAUUCGACGCAAGCACCCUCAGAAACGACAUUGCUAUACUGACUCUGACUCAACCGAUAGUACUGGGAAUAUACGCAAACAUAAACACUGCUUGCUUAGCACCGAUGGGAACGUCUUAUGUCGGACAAACGUGUGCGGUAUCAGGAUGGGGUCAAUCGAGUUUCACAGUCCUUGACGCCCCAACGAACCCCCAGAGGCAAGUUUUCGUAGCCAUCACCGACUACAAUACCUGCAGAACUUCCUUCAGCCAGGCCAACCUGUUGGCCAACAAUGUUGACCGCUAUCUCGAUCCUGCGGGAGAGAUAUGCGCAGGAGGAGUCAGCAUGAUAGAUGCCUGCACGGUAGGGAUUGAUAAAGGUGUAUGUUAA